AAGCGGCCGUCAGUGUGAAUCACGGAGCCGCGGGAGGAGGUCGCUGUACGCAAUAUCUCCGACACAGGCUAGAUCUGGAUCAGAGACAAUCCACCAUCACAACUUAUGGAUGACAGGAUCCUGCGACUGGAGGAAAGACAGUUCAUGGAGCACACCGACUUCUUAGGGAUGGAGUACCCCUCUCUCUACAUCUGCAAGUCGAAGAGGGCGAUGAAGCGGGAGGAUGGCGGGAAGGAUGCCUAUAAGUUGCCCCACCGGCUGAUCGAGAAGAAGCGGAGGGACCGGAUCAACGAGUGCAUCGGCCAGCUGAAGGACCUGCUGCCGGACCACCUCAAGCUGGCGACCCUGGGCCAUCUGGAGAAGGCGGUGGUUCUGGAGUUAACGCUGAAACAUCUGAACGCACUGACUGCAGUCACAGAGCAGCAGCACCACAAGAUCAUCGCCUUACAGAGCGGUGAUCAACCGAUGAAGUCUUCGAUCCAUGCCGAUCUGGAUGCUUUCCAAUCCGGGUUUCAAGCGUGCGCCAAAGAAGUUCUGCAUUACCUGAAUAAGUUCGAGAACUGGUCGAGCCGCGAGCAGAGAUGCACGCAGCUCGUCUGCCAUCUGCAUGCGGUGCUGGCGCAGCUCCCGCCCGCCGGAGGAGCGCCGCCCAGGGGCGGCACGCAACCGGAGCUGGACGCGCACAGAGUCGACGGACAGGGCGACGCACAGGCCGACGGACAGGCCGACGCACAGACCGACGCACAGGCCGAUGGACAGGCCCACUGCGUGCCCGUCAUCCAGAGGACCGGGGAGCUGAACGAGAACGACACGGACACGGACAGCGGGUACGGGGGGGAGGCGGACAAAAACCACGGCGCCAAUAAAGGAUGCGAGCGCGCGGCGAAGGCGCAGGGGGGACACCGGGCGGUUAAGAUCAAACAGGAGUUUGGAGACGAUCGGGUGGCCAAAAAAACCAAGACAAGCUUUUCUGUGAACGGGCUGGUCGGGGCAGACCCCUCCAGACCGGACCUGGCGCUCAUGAGUUCACUGAUGGGACUACCUGGCGUGGGACAGCAUGCGCCGUUCUGCGUGCCUUUCUACUUCAUCAACCCGUCCGCCGCCGCGUCCUACAUGCCUUUUUUCGAUAAAAGCAACCUUGACAAAUACGCGUACCCAGCGGCGGCGGCAGCGGCAGCCGCGGCCGCUCUGACAGCCCCGUUCCCUUGGCUCUACCCCGGGAUACCCGGGAUACCCGCUGGGCACGCUGCGGCGGCAGCCGCGACCACGGCGGCGUGCGCGGGUAUCCCGGGUCUGUCUGCAGAGAAGCGCGCCAACCCGGGGAGCUUCUCCCUCUCCCGGGACCCUCAGUCCCCCGACAGGGAGGCGGAGUUGUGCUCACCUGACGAGGGAGAGGAGGGUCACGAGAGCGAGGAUGAUGAGGGUCGUGAUGACUGUGGUGAUGAGGAUGAUGAUGAUGAUGUUGAUGAUGAUGAUGUAAGAGACAUGUCCAAUGAGACCAAACUCACAUAAUCCUUUACGCGCGGUCUCUGUGCUUGUACAACUGGCACCUUUGUUUGUGAAGCCUGUUAAUCUGUGCGUUCUGCUUAAAGAAGUGAUCUAUUCUUGUUGUUAUUAAGCUUAUUUUAAGCGACUACUUUUAAGAUACAUUUUCACAGUGGAAUUUAUCAUAUCUUCAGAAAGCAGGAGACAUUUAUGAUAGCGCGUGCCUUUUGCACCAAUUAAUCAUUUUUAAUGAUAAUCGACAAUGAUUGAUUUACCAAUAAUGUCUGUAAUUUUCCGUGGGGCACAUUGUACUUAUUUUGCUUUCUUGGACUAUGAAACAUUUAGGCUUAAACGCCGCCAGACCUCAGACUGAACCGAGCUUAACAACUGUCCCUGGAUCUGUCCCCUUAUCUUUUCUUUCAUCCAUGUCCCUGGAUCUGUCCUUUCACCUUGUCCCUGAAUCUGUCUUUUAUAUCCAUAACCCUGAUCUGUCCCCUGAUCUGUCCUUGAUGACUAUGUCCCCGGAUCUGUCUCUGUCCCUGUCCUUUGUCGGUGGCGCUGCAGCUGCCCUCUACACGGCCCUCCGAAUGAGAUUCUUAUUGACUGGAAACUUGUUUUAUUCAUGAAAAUAUAAAUAUGAUGCAGUAUGGAAAGUGUUAAGAAAGUGUCAGGCCAGAGUAUACCUCACGCUGCCCUAGGGGCCUCCUGUUCUGAUACGCCCCACAGCUCAGAGAGAUGGACAUGGGUUUUCUUUAAAGAUCUAGGCGUAACUCUCAAGGUUAGGCCAGACGUUCAAAGUAGGGGUCUCCAUGACCAGCAGAGAGCUGAACCUUUCUCCACAGACUGCAGUGAGUUUUACCUCCAUGAAGCAGGACAGCGGAUAGCACUUUAAACAACCUUUUAUAUUGAAUGUACAUGUAUUUUCCCAGCUGUUGAGGCUUGUAUGUUGGACGAACUUUAAUCUUUGAGAGGUGAAUUGCACUUUUCUCUGCCUUUGAAUACCUCCCAGCCCACUUCAAAUCAAAGUACUUUUAUAUAUAAACACUAUAUAAAUGUAUAUUUAAGUCUUGUUUAUAGAAAACAAUUGUUUAAACCUUGUCUUUCUGUAUGAGAAGUUACUAAUUGCGUCUCUGGCUGAUGAGCAGGGGCCAAAAGUGUUCUGGCCUCUAGAGGAACACCUCGGAGUAUGGGAGACAGAGGACUCCCGGGUUAUGAUCAAAAUAUCCACAGCAUUGCUGCAAAUAUGAAUGUUAUUAUGACCUGUUCCCUGAACAUGUUGCCCACGUUUCCUUGAAGGCCUCUCCUCUCGUGAGGCGCUCAUUAAGUUCUCCUGAAAUGAGAUGAGGGUUUAUCUCAUGGUCAUGUCAUCGCUUCUGUAUUCUGUUAUUUUUCUUCCUUUCUGCCUCAAAUCUGCCCUAUCCUCAAUUGUUCUAUAACGUGUUAUUGUGUAUUGUAAAUAGCUUUUUGUGAAGACAUCAUGGACUAUAUACGUACUCUCAGUCCAUGUUUAGAAGUAUAUGGAUUUUUGAAACAGAUUUGUCUUAGUAACUGCUGCACACGUUGGUUUAUUCCCUACACAUGAGUUGUUCUAAAUUAUUGCUAAUGAAUUGUAAAAUAAAUAUGAAAACCAAA